UCGUAAUCCUCGGCUUUUACGAUUUCGGUAAAGGCGAAGUCUCGAAGAGUUCCGAAUCAAAACAAGUAUGGCGCAGAGGGAGGAAGAAUUUUGACCAAAUCAGAGAUGUGUAACCAAAUUUGGUCAAUUUUACUGAUAUCUAACCGCAAUUUAUUUUAAUUAGACUUUCGGUUUUUAAUAUGUGAAUCGUUUUAUUCGAGACAUCCAACCACCAUGUCGUCGGAUAGCGAGUUGGACGAGUUCUUUGAUGCUGAGGAGAGCACCCCAAGAAAAACGACACUGCCUUCAGGGAUGAGUGGCAUCCCAGAAGACUCGUUUGGAAUGAGUGAGUUGGAAGCAGAAGAAAGAAGGUUACUUGAAUUAAAGAAAAAACAGGAGGAACGGAGAUUGAAGGAAGAUGAAGAAUACAUGAAAAGACUGGACAUGUUACGGAAAAAGAAAGAAGAAAAACAUGUGGUGAUUGAUAGUAAAAUUAAGGAGAAUGAGAAGAGGCGGAAGCGAUUAGAGGAUCUUAGACAACGGAUGACGGAGGACACAGAUGGAAUUGUCUCAACAGGGAUGGAAGAUCUGAAGCUUUAUCAUGACUCGGACACAGACGACGAGAUGUUGAACACACCUGCUGAUGAGGACUCUGACUCUUCUAAUGGAAAACCACCGUCCUUUAAAGUUACAAAAGAACCAGAAUCCUCAAAUCGUCUAUCUACACAAGAGUCUGAAAUCUUGAAUAGAAAAUCACAUGAUUAUUCUGAUAAUAUAACUACAUCAUUUCCUGAAAAGGAAAAGCCAAACAAACAAAUUCCACACAUACAAGUGACAGAAGAACGGUUAACUGACAACUGUGGAACAGGAAGUGGCGAAAUUGUAGACGAACUUCUCGGAGAUGAUAAAAACGAACCAGAUAUUGUAAGAAGUACAAAAACUAGAACUCCACCAACCACUUUAGUGGAAGGGGAUUUACCAGAACAACCAAGGUCAACAGUCAUUGAACAACCUAGAGCCCCACCUAGGAAAAAGAAGAAGGGAGAAAGGUCUAGUGGAGAACUAAGUCAGACUGGUGCCUCUGACUGGAGCUCAGGUCCCCAGGGACUGUCUCUGCCUACUCCGACGUCUACCGUGGACAACCUCACCAAGGAACUGGAGCUCGAGUAUGCCCUUGACCUCCAUAGUGCCCUGGGUGGGGCUCGGCACAUCAAUGCAGAAGAUGCUGAGCGUGAUGCUGUAAAUUCAGACCAUGAUUCUCCACGACAAAAAUGUGACAGCCUGCCGUCCUCUGUUGAUGGAGACCCAUCAGGGACAGACAAGGGUGAUGUCGAAAGUGGGGCACGUCUUCGUUCUCAGGGCCACAGCUCAGGCGCAGAGGAAACACUGCGACCUCGAUCAAAUUCUGGUAGACUACUCUCGGACAAGGAGAUUCUACAGGCUAUCAGGGUGCUGAACCUUGAUACUGGGGAGAGUGUUCCACUAAGCAUUGCGGAAGAGAAAAUACCCAAGGGACUUAACCCACUGGACCUUCAUCUCAUCAAAAGAACCAAGGAGUACCACAGUGACGGGAGUCUGAAGGAUGACCAUCAUCAUGAUCAACUCGACAACGAGGAUACACAGUCCUUGUCUGAACAACCUGGGGCGAAGAAAAAAGCAUCCCGACUGAGGAAGAUUAUUGGACGAAAAGUUGGUAAAACAAUGAGUAAAGUCAAAACCAUGGCUGAUACAGUGUUACAUAGUGAUGAUGUAGCUGUAGAAGAAGAGGUCUCUGUGGACGGGAAAAUCUUCAAGAUCAAGGCGUCCAAUAACAACAAAGGCCCAUAUGACUUUAAACAGUUACGAAUGUUACAGGAUCUCAGUGGAACCCAUAGUGGGGCCAUCUGGACUAUGAAGUUUUCACCAUGUGGCCGUCUUCUGGCGACAGGAGGGCAGGACAGCAUGCUCAGGAUCUGGGUCAUCAAGUCAGCGUCCAGUUAUUUUGACGACAUGCGACAGAAAUAUGCUGAUGUACGUGUGUCCCCAGCACCGUCUCAGGAAAGUCUCAACUCAGCCACAUCAGAAAACUCAGCCUCAGAUUUACUGGCCUCCGGCAGUACAGAGGAAGAGUUAGCUCCCUUUAUGUCAAAACCUUUCUGUACAUACAGGGGGCACUCUGCUGACCUCCUGGAUGUUUCCUGGUCCAAGAAUUAUUUUAUAUUGUCCUCCUCCAUGGACAAGACUGUGCGUCUAUGGCAUAUAUCUCGACGUGAAUGUCUCUGUACAUUCCAGCACAUAGACUUUGUCACUGCCAUUGUCUUCCACCCUCGGGUAAGUCUCUGUACAUUCCAGCACAUAGACUUUGUCACUGCCAUUGUCUUCCACCCUCGGGAUGACAGAUACUUCCUGAGUGGUUCACUUGACGGAAAGCUUCGUCUCUGGAACAUUCCUGAGAAAAAAGUGACCAUGUGGAACGAGGCUCAGAACUGCCUUAUCACCACAGCUAACUUCUGUCACAAUGGAAAAUUUGCAGUUGCCGGCACUUACGAUGGGAAGUGUAUCUUUUACAAUACAGAGCAACUGAAGUAUUACACACAGAUCCAUGUACGGUCUACACGAGGGAAAAAUGCCAGAGGUCGUAAAAUCACUGGAAUUGAACCUCUACCUGGCGAAGAUAAGGUACUGGUGACCUCUAAUGACUCCAGAAUCAGGAUGUAUGACCUUCGGGAUUUGACAUUGACCUGUAAAUACAAAGGAGGAGCCAAUAACAGUAGCCAGAUUAAAGCUAGUUUUAGUCCCAAGUGCCGUUACAUCGUGUGUGGGUCGGAGGACCACUUUGUGUACAUAUGGAAGACCCAGCACGAGUAUUACAAGUUCUCAUCGGCACGACGAGAUCGUAAUGAUUACUGGGAAGCUCUGAAAGUACACAAUGCGGUAGUGACAGCUGCAGUGUUUGCUCCGAAUCCAUCCCUCCUGAUGGCACCGUCUCAAUCUGCCGCCAAGGAUGACGAGCGUACUAACCAGGUGCUUGUCACAGCAGACUUCUCUGGUGCUAUCAAGGUUGUACAGAACACCAGUGCAACCACUCAGCCGUCAUGUUAGUCAGCAAUGGUCUCCUGCCAAUAGUGUCAACUAAUACUGUACUGACUGACCGUACAGAACACCAGUGCAACCACUCAGCCGUCAUGUUAGGACCUAUCUGUCAACGAUGGUCUCCUGUCAAUAGUGUCAACUAAUACUGUACUGACUGACCGUACAGAACACCAGUGCAACCACUCAGCCAUCAUGUUAGGACCUAUCUGUCAACGAUGGUCUCCUGCCAAUAGUGUCAACUAACACUGGACAUUGGACCAUGUAAAAAGUGACCACUCGAAGACUUCACCACUUCUAGACUGUCAGGUCAAAUACCACAUUGGACCAUGUAAAAAGUGACCACUCGGAGACUUCACCACGUCUAGACUGUUGGGUCAAAUAACACAUUGGACCAUGUAAAAAGUGACCACUCGGAGACUUCAUCACGACUAGACUGUCAGGUCAAAUAACACAUUGGACCAUGUAAAAAGUGACCACUCGGAGACUUCAUCACGUCUAGACUGUCAGGUCAGAUGACACAUUGGACCAUGUAAAAAGUGACCACUCGGAGACUUCGUCACGUCUAGACUGUCAGGUCAGAUGACACAUUGGACCAUGUAAAAAGUGACCACUCGGAGACUUCAUCACGUCUAGACUGUCGGGUCAGAUAACACAUUGGACCAUGCAUCAAAGCUGCCCAACGGAUCUCUUCAAAGAGACCAGCAGUGUUGCAAGGCCGACUUUUGAAUACUGACAGACAUCCUGCAAGAAGACAUGCCAUUAUUGACUUCUAGAGGUCUGAAUAUACAUUGUAGAUAUAAUUUGUUAAUCGUAUAGGAAAUACAGCACUGCCACAACCAGGUACUGCCACAUGAUCGGCUGUCAAGUGAAAAACUGGACACAGUCUCAAAUGGACUCAUUCAUUUUAUCUUAAUAGUAAUGAGUGAACUAGCAUAGUAGAAAACAAAUUGGCAUCUUUUAAUCGCCUAGAGAAUAUAAUUCUGGUCAGAAAGAUGUAGCUGCAACAAGAAACCAGCUGUAUCUGUUUGUGUGUGAAAUGUUAGUAUACACUGCUAUCCAUAAAAAACUAUACACACUCUUUCGACUUGUUUACAUAUUAUAAGUACAUCACAAACUUUAACUUUACAUUUUCCUGAAGAUUAUAUAUAUGUCAGUGACAAUAGCAAUUUUUUGUGGAAAUAACCCACCACGAUGAAGUUUCACGGGAGGGUCCUAGUUGAUUCCAAAAAUACCAAAACAAAAUUUUAACAAAAUUUCUAAAAGACAUGAUAUUGCAAAAAUAUUGCAUUUUGAGGGUUUGUAGAUCAUCAGUAACCUUAUCGACUAUUGAUAAAGCAUUAUAAUUGUUAUCAGACGCACAAUUACUAAAGGUAAUAGCAUACAAUGUUAUGAUCUUAUAUACUGAAUUUUAAAAUGUUGUCUGUAAAGUGUACAGAAACUUGGAUAGCAGUUAUAAUUAGUAUAAUGUGUAUUAUGCAAGACUUCUAGUUAAAGAGAUGAAUUUCAGUCUGUGAUAUAUUGCUCAAUACUGUCUUUUUGCCUUCAAUUCUUGCAAAUGCUUGUGACUAUUUAUUACAAUUCAUGGAGCUAUCUUUUCUGGGACUAUGGAUAUUUUUUUUUUCCAUAAUUCCAGGAAAAAAUAGUCCAUUGAAAAUAUGAAUUGUUUAAAAUUGUAACUAAUUUUAAUGCCAUUAAUUGAUGUUUAAGUAGUAUAUAUUAUAAUUCUGUGUUUGUGAUUAUUGCAUAAUAUGACAUGAUGACAAGUCUUGUUGAAAGAACAUAACAAAAGAUAUAAUAGUACAAAUGAUCUAUUUUUAGCGGAGAGUGCUGUUAUUGUGAAUCUGGAAAUUUUUAAUGGAAGUAUUUUACACACAGUAUUUCAUCGUUUCAAUUGCGUUUAACUAAAGUUUCAGUGAUAAAUAAAUCGGUUGAAAUCAAUUGCUGCCAUAAUUGUUAUUUAAACAAGUAAGGAAUCUAGCGCUUAAAAAACUGAAUGAGGUGAAAGUUAAAACUAUAUUUAAGAUAUGUAAGCAACUAGCAGCCCCAAUGGUUAAAACAUGACUAUUUCUGACUAUUCCAAAUAGUUACAUCUAUAUCAUAAUUAUAUUGUUAUACGUAAACAUUGUCUGUGAAGUAUUUCAUUAAUUUUUCAGAUUUACAUUUUAAUUUUAUCACUAAAUAGUCAGAAAUCCUAUGACCUCAUAUUGUUUGCCAUAUUAUAUAUACAUUGUCUAGAACCACUUAUGUAUCGAACAACAGGUACAGAUUAUGUAUCUGUAAACUUUUGUAUGUGUGCAAUUUUGAUAUUUUUAUAUUGAAUAAUGUUAUUUUAAUUGUAACAUAUUUUCUCCAUGAUAAAUGAUGGUAAAGACAAAGUAAUGUGUACAAAGUGUUACUUAGUCAUGUACAUACUUCCAGUAUGUGUGUAAUAUAUUUAUUUACCAAAUUCUUUAACUUCCUCGUUAUCCUGCUAUCUCCUUUUUAAUAUGACAUGUAGUAGAUACAGGCUUAAAGACUUGAUGUCGUUGUCUAGAUGUACAAAGCUAAGGCCUCGAUGUCAUUGUUUCUAUUAACUAGAUGUACAAUGUUAAGGCCUCGAUGUCAUUGUUUCUGUUAACUAGAUGUACAAUGUUAAAGACUUGAUGUCAUUGUUUCUGUUAACUAGAUGUACAAUGUUAAAAACUUGAUGUCAUUGUUUCUGUUAACUAGAUGUACAAUGUUAAGACUUCAAUGUCAUUGUUUCUAUUAACUAGAUGUACAAUGUUAAGGCCUCGAUUCAUUGUUUGUAUUAACUAGAUGUACAAUGUUAAAGACUUGAUGUCAUUGUUUCUGUUAACUAGAUGUACAAUGUUAAAAACUUGAUGUCAUUGUUUCUAUUAACUAGAUGUACAAUGUUAAGGCCUCGAUGUCAUUGUUUCUAUUAACUAGAUGUACAAUGUUAAGGCCUCGAUGUCAUUGUUUCUAUUAACUAGAUGUACAAUGUUAAGGCCUCAAUGUCAUUGUUUCUAUUAACUAGAUGUACAAUAUUAAGACCUUGAUGUCAUUGUUUCUAUUAACUAGAUGUACAAUGUUAAGGCCUCGAUGUCAUUGUUUGUAUUAACUAGAUGUACAAUGUUAAGGCCUCAAUGUCAUUGUUUCUAUUAACUAGAUGUACAAUAUUAAGACCUUGAUGUCAUUGUUUCUGUUAACUAGAUGUACAAUGUUAAGGCCUCGAUGUCAUUGUUUGUAUUAACUAGAUGUACAAUGUUAAGGCCUCGAUGUCAUUGUUUCUAUUAACUAGACGUACAAUGUUAAGGCCUCGAUGUCAUUGUUUCUAUUAACUAGAUGUACAAUGUUAAGGCCUCAAUGUCAUUGUUUCUAUUAACUAGAUGUACAAAGUUAAGGCCUCGAUGUCAUUGUUUCCAUUAACUAGAUGUACAAUGUUAAGGCCUCAAUGUCAUUGUUUCUAUUAACUAGCUGAUGUACAAUGUUAAGGCCUCGAUGUCAUUGUUUCUAUUAACUAGGGUACAAUGUUGAGGCCUCGAUGUCAUUGUUUCUAUUAACUAGAUGUACAAUGUUGAGGCCUCGAUGUCAUUGUUUCUAUUAACUAGAUGUACAAUGUUAAGGCCUCAAUGUCAUUGUUUCUAUUAAAUAGAUGUACAAAGUUAAGGCCUCGAUGUCAUUGUUUCCAUUAACUAGAUGUACAAUGUUAAGGCCUCAAUGUCAUUGUUUCUAUUAACUAGAUGUACAAAGUUAAGGCCUCGAUGUCAUUGUUUCCAUUAACUAGAUGUACAAUGUUAAGGCCUCAAUGUCAUUGUUUCUAUUAACUAGAUGUACAAAGUUAAGGCCUCGAUGUCAUUGUUUCUAUUAACUAGAUGUACAAUGUUAAGGCCUCGAUGUCAUUGUUUCUAUUAACUAAAUGUACAUUGUUAAGACAAUGUUGAGAUUUUGCUAAAGUGUCACAUUUGCAGUAUUAUUUUGUGUUUCCAACGAUUUUCCAAGAGGCUGUUAAAUUGUUAAUGUCCGCUGCAUGUGGUAAACUGUUCCAUAAAUCUGUUUAACCAAGUAGUUCCCAGAUAUUUGUCGUAAUUAAAGAGACCGUUUUAGAAUGUAAAUGAAAAAAUACAACAGAAGUUCUAUGUCAUGUCAAACCAGGAAGUCGUUUUCAUUUUAAAUGGAUCCUUUAUUGAAAGUCAGUCAUAUUCUCUGAAUAUGUUCAGAAGAAUGAUAAACUAGCACAUCUUCGAAAUGUUUCAUCAAAAUUUCUGAUAUACUAUAUGCAGUAGAAAUUUUAUUGAUUCUUUUUGAAGAAAAAAAAACAGUUUCAGUUAUUUCUCUACAUUCAAAAAUUAAUGGGUUUUUUUUAACGUUUUUAGAACCAAAAGAUCAGUGCUAAGAGUUAUUGGUCUUGACCACUUUUCAAGAUGUAAAGCCCCCAAGGUUAACAUUAUUGAAUGACCUUGUCCAAUCCCAAGGUUACAAGGUAAAAUGGCUUUCUAAUUAUCAGUUACUAACACCCACAAUGUUGCCACGAGUUGUAGAGCUAGUAACCUUCUACUUGCCUGGGUAAGUGAUAAAAGGCAAGAAAAAUAAUGUGCAAUAUUUUCAUUUCUCCCAAAGAAUUGUAUGUUAUAGUAAUCAUGUGCUAUUGGUUGUCUGUAUAUGUAUGUAACAGGUUUUAUAUUAGAUAGAAAUGAUGGCAGAAAUUUUAUUCUUGAAACUUCCCCUUUACUAAGUUCUGUUAUUUUGAACUUCUCCAAAUGUAGUAGCUUUUCAGAAUAGAUUAUAAAAUCAGUAAGAGGGUUGGUUCUCUGCACAGGGACUUGUCACAAAUUUCCAACCCACAGUAUUUAUAUAUGUAUUAUAAAAGUGGAAAUUCAUGCUAAGUCCCUUUGGUUCUCUACUGAAAUCAAUUUUAAGAGCAUUUUUGAAGGUCAGAUAUCUAUAAGCAUAUUAUUGUAUUCCAAAUUAAUAAAUCAGCUGUCUUUCUUUUGAGUGUUUAGUUCUCUUAUUUCCGUGCCUCUUUUUGAACUGGAUGUUGAAUUAGAUUUCAAAUUGUUACAGUAUUUUGUAGAAAUAUGAGACCAGUUUUGAAAAUAAUGCUAAACAAAUUAAAGUGUUGCAAACAGUUUUGGUUGGUACUGUGUACUUCCCAGAUGGUAUGGUAGAUCACCAUGUGCUUCUCUGAUGGUUCAAUAGCCCACACCAUCUUUUAUUUUAUUUUUCUGAACUGUAAUGCUAGAGUCAUUUUAUUUGUAGCUAGCUGUACUUAUAAAGACUCUUAGUCCUAUAUUCAUUGAGAUGAGUAAUCUAAACAACUUCUACAUAGUUAGUAAUGUCUACAGUCGUGUUGUUCGGCUAGGAUAGGGUGACUUCUGAGCUUGUCUCAUGAAUUGAUUCCUCAUCAAAGGCACAAGGUAGUAUAGAUAUAUAGAUAAAUAAAACCAGGAAAAAAUAUUUCAAGUUGGGAGGUCCAACCUGAAUCAGAAAUUAGGUUAAAUUUUAAAAUUCCAUGCCAGAACUGAAAAAUCCAGUUUCAGCUUUAAAUGAUCCUUGUAAUUGUCCUGUUUAGACUGGACUGUGUAUGAAUCACCGGCCGGUAGCACCUGCUAGUAUUUUCAGUCUAAUGUGAAACGUGUGCAUUUUAGAAACAUAUGUUAAAGUUAGUUAAAAUUACAAAACAAUAGAUGUGUAUGACUGUAUCUAGAAAUUUCUUCAGUCAAAUUGUGAGAUUAAUAUAUCUAUACAACUUGAUUAUGUUGAUAUAAAAUAUAUUUCAUUACUUA